AUGACGAGGAUCACCAUGAAUUCGGAAAAGGUAAUGAGACGGCGACCCUUUGGUUUUGAAUUCAUAGCUGUACAGUCAUUUGAGAAAAAGAACCACGUGGACACGGAUGGAGAUGGUAUACCAGAUCACCUGGACCAUGACGAUGAUGGGGAUGGCAUUCCGGAUCAUCACGACGAAGAUCACCAUGAAUAUGGAAAAGAUCACAAAGACUCGGAUGGGGACGGCAUACCGGAUCAUUUGGACCACGAUGACGACGGUGACGGCGUGCCAGAUCACCAUGACGACGAUCAUGGCCAUUUCCAUAAGAGAAAAUCUGCAACCCAGGGCAAAGCAGACCUCGUCGACACUGACGGUGACGGAAUACCGGAUCAUCUGGAUCACGAUGAUGAUAAUGACGGCAUACCGGAUCACCAUGAUGACGACCACCAUGACUGGCAUGGUCACAAAGACACGGAUGGAGACGGAAUACCAGAUCACCUAGAUCAUGAUGAUGAUGGAGAUGGUAUACCGGACCAUCACGAUGACGAUCAUCAUGAAUAUGGAAAAGGUCAUAAAGAUAGCGACGGUGACGGCAUCCCGGAUCAUUUGGACCACGACGAUGACAAUGACGGCAUACCGGAUCACCAUGAUGAAGAUCACCAUGAAUAUGGAGCCGAUCACGCAGACGCUGAUGGAGACGGCAUACCGGAUCACUUAGAUCAUGACGACGAUGGCGACGGUGUACCGGAUCAUCAUGACGACGAUCACGAUCAUUUCCACUCGAAAAAGGCCGCAGAAGCCAAGAAGGCGGGAAAAGUUAAAACAGAAUUGUAG